AACAACAACUGGCUCCUCUUCCGGGUGGGUAUAACCAGAUGAAUAUGGGCCAAUCCCAGUGGUCGGGUCCUACUGGACAACCUCAAGGCAUCCCCCAAACACAGCCAUUAUCGGCCCCCACCGUGUCACAGCCCGUAAUCAACAGCCCCAUGAUGAACAACCCCAGCUCUUCACCUAUCAUGGGACAGUCUGCCAGUGCCAAUGCCAAUGCCCGUGCCAAGGGUAAGAGAGCUUCUACAAGUUCCCAGGCCGGUAGGAAAAAAUCCACCAAAGGAGGUGCUCCAACCCCAGGAGCGAGUGCCACCACCCCGGCUUCAUUGGCCAAUGCUAUCAGAACCCCCAACAGUAUUCCUACGCCGCAAGUUCCCACCAGUCAGAGCAACAAGAAUACUCCCGGUGAUAACAACCAAUCUCCCAACUUCCAGAAUAAGAUCUCUGGAGGUAAGUUGAAUGAGCACGCAAUUGGCGAUAUCUUCAGCAGCAUCGAUGAGAACGAAUCGCAGGUGUUUGAGUUGAACAAGAGAAAGGAGAUGUCGGACCAAGAUCCGGAGAAGUUCUUCUUUGCGUCGUUGGCGAACCUUGUGGAGUUUGAUGACUCGCUGGACUUGAAAGGCUUACCUACGCCUUCUCCUUCGGUAAAUGGCAAGUCGUCAAUUUCUUCCAUUAAGUCUUUGAACGGUAACAGUACUCUUCGGACGCCAUCGUCUCCUUCUACUGAGUGGACUGCUACCAUUAAGCCUGAGGCCAUCGUCACGUCGUUCAAGCAGGUGAGUAGCAUCAAGGAAGCGGUGUCGAUGGAGAUUCUCGAUGUGUGUGCCGAAAUUGCCGGUGGUGUUGCCGGUACCGACAAAAGUCUGGGAUUGUUGAAUGGGUUGGGUCUCAAGAGAGAAAGAGAAGAGGAAGAAGAUGAUUUGGACUUUUUGUUCACGGAAGAGAAGAAGUUCAAGCCCGAGUCUGACGAUACAUUCAAUUUUUUGUACAGCGAAAACCUUGACUUUAACCAGUGGAAGAGCCAUAUCAUCUCUCAGGGACCUUGACUUCCUCACGGGUUAUUUUAAUUCCUUGAUUUUUUUUUGUCGUAUAUCUUCACUCAUUUAUAGUUGUAUUUGUAUGUACUAUUGUCUCCACAGAUUUUCGCAUUUUCAACCAUGUCAAAAGAUAACCAACUAUCCGUUGCAUUUGUGUGCACCGGCAACAUAUGUCGGUCACCCAUGGCUGAAGCGUUGUUCAAACACAAGGUGAAACAGCUGGGAUUGGAAUCCCACUUCAAGCUAAUCGACUCCUUUGGAAUCAGUUCCUGGCACCAAGGAGACUCCCCCGACUCCCGGUCGGCCAGCACCUGUCGCAAGCACGGCGUGCCAAUGCACCACCGGGCCCAAGGAAUUGAGCGGUCCGACUUUCAAAGAUUUGACUACUUAUUAGCUAUGGACCAGGGCCAUAAGAGCGAGUUGAUGUUUAUGAAGCCCAAGAAUUGCACCACCAGAAUUGAGCUUUUCGGGGAAUGGCGGACCGAUGAUUCGGUCGACAAGAUCGUGGUGGAUCCAUACUACAGUAACAGCAAGGCUUUUGAACACAAUUUCCAGCAAUUGAGCCACUUCACCGAUGUUUUUUUGGACCAGGAAGUGCAGAGAUCGGAUUAAACAAUUUUUGUGGUGUGGUCUGUAGACGGGAGUGGCACACGGCCAUAGACCCCCAUUCGGUGUAUAGAGUAGAAUAUAAUUGAUCUAACUGCCUCGCAACCAGCAGCAGUACAUUUCAGCA